AUGACUGACGGUGCACAGACACCGCAAGGGCAGUCCGGAGGGAUACCGCGGCGCAGCGUUGCGGAGCACAGCUCCUCUUUGCCGGUUCCAUCGAGGCGCCUUGCCCCGGGCGCAAGAUACGGCACACCGUCCAGUCUGUCUAGCGCCACGAAACUUGGCGAGGCGGGCCCUCUUGGCGCGUACCGAAACUUGUCCAAGUACAGCGCCUCUAUGCAUACACCGCUGCGCUCUUCCCGGUCAACUUCGGGUGCGUCACAAAGCUUGGGCAAGCGCAGUUACUCGGCGACUGACGAUGCCGCGUUCGCUACGCCCCAAUCGACGAGGAAGCGCUCCAUUGUCGAGACGGACGCAUCACCACCACACCCAUCUACGUACGAACUUACUAUGCUGCGCACUGAAUACGACAAGCGAAUCCAAUCGGAACAGCAUGCCUACCGUUUACUGGAGACGCAGUUCCGCUCCCAAUCGCGGGAGCUAGAAGCGUUGAAACAACAGCGUGUCGAGGUGCUGAACGAAUGGGAAUCGGAGCGUGCAGCGCAGCGCAAGGCACAAGAAGCAUGGGCUAACGAUAAAAAAGAGCUCGAAGAGCAGCUCACGGCAUUGCGCAGCGAGUCGCUCCACCAGCGCUCCGUUGCAGAAUCGCAGCGUUCCGACGCCCAGGAGAAGGAAGCAAAUGCCCAGGCUCGGAUCUCGGCGCUAGAAUCGGAGCGCAUUGCGUUGCAGACGGCCGCACAAGAAGCACAAGCACAGAAUGACUUGUUACAGCAGACAAAUACAAUUCUGCGCGAGAAGAAUGCGGCACUUGCGGCGGCGCAGGACGAUAUGCAGCGGUCCAUGGCCCAACCUGCGGACGCCGAAGAACUUUCUACGCUAAAAGAGCAGCUUUCACAGCAAAUAUCUGCGGUCCAGCGACUGGAACUGGUCAAGACGCGGCUUGGGAGCGAAAAUGCGCGCCUUCGAGAAGCGAGUGCACACACAGAGAUUUUGCGUGAAGCCAACAGGUCGCUGGAGGUCAAGGUCGAACGUAUGGACUCGUUGCGUAAUGAAAUACUGGCGAAGGAAGAGCAGAUCGCUGCGAUGGUUGCACAAGAAACGCAGUGGGCAGAAUCGCUACGACACGGCAUCGCGACCGACGAGCACGCCGCGUUUGUUGCUGCAGCAAACGUAGAAGCGUCUGUGCCACAGGUCGAUGCACCUAGUAGCAUGACGCGCGAAACUCUGCCACACUACGUUUCCACUUUACGCGGCACGAUCAUGGGUCUUGGCGCGCGUGUCGAAGGGCUUGUACAUUCUGUUGAACAGCUACGCACUUCGAAUCUGGAACUGGAUCGUCGCGCCCAGCGCGGCUCGGAGAAUGAGUCAAGUCUUGCCAAAGAACUCUCUGACAAGACCGGGGCGCUGCUGCAUGCGCAAAAGGCCGUCGAGGUCGAGCGCGAUGAGCUGCGUCGAUGCAAGGAGCUCCUUUCUUCGUUCGAGACAGAGGCAAGUCAGUCGCCCAACUUUGAUGAAAUACAGGCGAAGCGAAUUGCGCAGCUAGAGGCGCUUGUUGGCCAAGCGCAACAGGAGAAUACGUCGCUGUCUACGCGGAUCGCCGAUAUGGAAUGCGAGGCACUUGCGAGAGCCGCACAGCCUAAGGAUGCACCUGCUUGCGAUCCAAGCGCGCUCAAAGAGGCGCACGAGAAACUUGCAUUGGUCACCUCGCAGUAUCAAGAAUUGGAAUCGCAAGCCGCGGCGGCGGCCAAAGAAAACGACAAAUUAUGGGCACGCGUCGGCCGCGGCGAAUUUGAUCAGUCUCGAGUCAAGUGUCUUGUACUCGGUGAUAAUCCUGUUUCGCGCGAUUAUGCAAUUCGCUCCGCGACACUUGACGCACUGCGCAAGGAAAAUGAGGAGCUUUUGCAGCAAGUUCAGGCACUACAAGAAGCGGGGACGGUGCCACAGCCUGCAGCAGCCGAGGGUGACGCACUUGUGCCCCUCCAGACAGUCGAAAACUUGAGGAAUGAGCUGCACCAGCUGCAGGAAACGAUCCAGUUAAAAGACAAGGGCAUGUUGCGCCUGAAGCAAGUGUUUACCGCCAAAGCGAACGAAUUUCGCGAGGCUGUCCAAUCCUUGUUUGGGUACAAACUGCGGUUUAUGGAGAAUGGGAAGGUCAAGCUGACCUCUGCGUACGCGCGUGGUGCACGCUCUACCACACUCAUUUUUAGCUCCGAAGAAGGGAAUGUUGGCGAAAUGAAGCUACAGGGCGAGGCAGCCGAUGGGCUCGCUAACGUAGCGCAUCUCCGCGACUACUGGCUCAGCGACGGGAUACGGCAUAGUGUACCGUGCUUUUUGGCUGCGCUUAAUCUUGAACUUUACGAGAAUACGACGCAAGCCAUCCGCGGCAGUUUUGGCGCGCUGGACGAAGCAGCAUCUUUCCCCAUGCCCGACGAACCGGCCACAUUGGAGGCGCUGCCGCAGAAUGCGCCCGAGGAGGCGAUGCAGAUACUGUCUCAUUUGACCCGCCAUAAGCGGGUCCGCGGCUGCGCGACGCUGACGACCGACGCACGCGUGCUAUGGAGUGGCGGUCCUGCAUUUUCAUCUGGGCAAGUGUCCCUGGACGCGGUUGUCCAGUUUGUGCGCGAAAUGCUCGAGACGGCGCGGAGGAAUGUUGAGGCGAUCGAAGCCGAUGACGAGUUGAAUCUCUUGCGUAUCCGCACGAAGCACUACGAGAUGCUCGUGACUCCAAGCCAAAAAUAUGUGCUCGUCGUGGUGCAAGAGCCGGGCACGGCUUGA